AUGUCUGAAGUGAACCUCGACAGGGCCGCGACCUUUGGCUUGGACUUUGCAGCAUUCAUGGCACCGGAGGGUCAAGGCGGGGAUGUCGGCGCAGAGCAGCGGAUGCGCUUCCGCUUCAUCAUCAGUGACUUCUAUGCCUGGCUCUACGUGCAUGACGAUGUGCACGAGACCCUCCUCCUGAAUGAAGGUCAGGUGCCCUUGAUGGGCGACUUCCUCACGGACCUCAACAAGUACACGAUCCACUGUGCAGGCGCUGCCUGCGAAGGUGAAGCUGUGCCUGUGACGCCCACGGCCUUUGAGGAGGCUGUCAUCGCACAGGUCACCGCAGAAGGGGCUGGACAGGCAUCAGGAGAGGCCAAAGUUGCAGCAACCGUCGCACAUCUCAACAAGCUCAAGCCGCUGUAUGCCUCUGGCCAGCAUUUGCACAGGAUCUUGCGGGAGAUCAUGAACUUGGCCGUGUGCCCAGAAGAUGGCCAGCUAGUGAAAUGGCAAGUGCUGGAGUGGCUGAACAUGUACAUCCGCGGGAUCGACUCUGCAACCGGCAAAGCUUCAGAAACCCACGCUGCGUACGUGGAUCGCCGCAGUGGAGGGUUGGAGGACAUGGGCGGCGUUCGGAUGGCCGUGGGCCUGCCUGCUCUGUUGCAUGCUUUCUCUUCGGGGAUGAUCGGACAACAGUUGACUCCACACGAGGCGGACGACGCCAUGUUAGAGGCAUGUUAUAUUGCGUCCGCGAGGAUGACCUGCUUCACGAAUGACCUUGUGGACACCAAGAGCAUUGACCGGGACGCAUGCGAGUCGGGUUUGAGCUUGAAGCUGACGGAUAUCAUGAAGCAAGGAGUGGCAUUGGGAUGCCUCUCAGUGGAAGAGGCCCAAGCUGAAGCGGAGGCAGUUCGGAAGCGAUGCUGCACCUGUGACCUGCCAGACAUCGCGCAGAUGGACAUGUCUGACUAUCACAACCAUAAGCUCGUGAUCGACCACUUCAUUCCAAGCCGGUUGGGCUUCGAGGUGCACAAGGUAUACCACGGCAUACUUGUGGAGACGUCGAGAGACCUGCUAGCAAAGACUGAGCACUACCUCCAUCAUGCGACGAACAAGGCAUACGCUGCUUUGAUUGUGGAGUAUAUGCUCCGCAUGAACUAUGGUUAUGUGACGUUGCAACCAUCCUGUUUCCGCUACGGGUAUGCCUUCAACAUCUAUUUGGCGGCAGCGUACAAGGAUGACUUUGAGGAAUACCAGAGCGCCAUUGCCUACUACAAGUCCAACGAGAGUGCUGUGCAGUUCUUGGGUCCGUGA